CGCCGCUCCGGACGAUAAUUGAUAUCAGUUCUCGCAUUAGCUUUUAUCAAGGCACACACAGGCCAGUAAAACUUCAACGCUCCACGUCCACAAUGUACAAGCUGUUUGUCAUCGCCGCACUGGUUGCCGUCGCAGCCGCCCAAAACCCACAGGACGCUCAGGCUCAGGUGCUUGUGUCCGAUUCCGUCGUAAACCCGGACGGUUCGUACAACUAUCGCUACGAAACGAGCAACGGUAUCGCGGCCCAGGAAAGCGGAGUUGGCGGACAGUCGGCUCAGGGCAGCUACUCGUACACCGGUGACGAUGGUGCCCAGUACCAGGUGACGUACGUUGCCGAUGAGAAUGGAUUCCAGCCGCAGGGUGCUCAUCUGCCCGUGGAUGGACCUGCUCCCGAUCAUGUCCUGAAGACGCUCGAGCAGAUCCGUGCCAACCCGCCGCGUGAUGACCCCAACUUCAGCAUGGACGCACUGAACGCUGCUAUUGCUCGACUGAGCGGCAAGAAGUAAGCGCCUGGUCGGAGGUUACGGAGACAGACAAGUAAUCAGUCAGCGAACGGUUCCAUCUACGGAAUGGUUUCGAAUACUUUACAUCACCUGACACAUACUCCACUAAUGCAUCCGGAUGGACGGUUGACGUUAGGAGGUUAACUGACCGCCGGAUCAAGCCAACAGCUACAAAGAUCUACUUCAUGGGCAACACUGUCACUGCCAUCCUAGGAGAAUCUUUUCCCUAUCCUCCAUCUCUAUCUUUCCUACCUGGUUUAAUAAUCUUUCUUCAAGUAUGUUCUAUUUUUCUUCUUCGAAAUUCCCCUAACACUGUCGUAUGUAAAUAGCCCGUUGAUAGUUUGUAAAUAAAACAACCAACAAAAACUUUAA